AUGUUAUCUGACCCGAACGAGCCACCUGGUGGCGAAACUGGAACCCCGGAGACGCUCACUAUUGUAACAAAGGAUGCAAACUACAUUCCAAUUGACCAAGUAGAUCUCACUGGAAAGCUUGGACUUGUAUUCCAAGUCCAGGCAUGUGAAUCAGCGUAUGUCGCAUUGUCAGCCAUUUUCGGUGACACAAACUCUCGGAUGUACGAGAUCUUGAUAUCAGGAUCGUCAAACACAAAGUCUGUGAUACGUGAUUGUACGGAAAGAUGCGAUAGGGCUAAUUCACUGACUGAGGGUCUUUUGAAAUGCAAUGAAUCGGUGUCUCUGUGGAUAGGAUGGACAAAUGGACACGUUGCUCUUGGAAAAGGUCACAAUUUAGGCAUAAACCCACUGGUAGAAUGGGAUGAUAGCAGUCCUGAGUACAUAACUUCUUUCGCUGUCAGUACUGCAAACGGUGUCAAUGGGACUUGGAAAUUCACACCCGAUGGCAACUGUAGUUUACCAUUGACCAGGGGUAUAUUAAGCGAUGGACAAGUCACGUAUUCAUCCUCCUCAAGUGGUCUUCCAAGAUUUAACCAGAAUAGUGGAUGGUAUCACUAUGGUUCAAAAGCACCAUGGCUGCAAGUUGAUCUGUUACAGCCACAUAAAAUAACAAAGAUGGCGUUACAGGGAUAUGCUCCAAGACAUUCCUAUUGGGUCAAAACAUUCCAAAUACUUUACAGUGUUGAUGGAACCAAUUGGUUGUACUACAAUAACAGGGAAAUUGUACAGAGGAACAGGAAUGGUUACGAUGUUGAAAUUGUCGAGCUUACUGAGAAUAUGGAAGCAAGAUAUUUUCGCAUCCUUCCCAUAACCUGGAAUAUUCACCCAGGAAUACGAAUGGAGCUUUAUGGGUGUCAAAAGGCAGUGUCGGAAAAGGAAUACACGUCUAUCAAAGGUGAUAUUUUGGAUGAUGAAGUCCUAUUCCUAUUCCUCAGCCCGUAUAUUGUGUCAAAAAAAGUUGCAAUUAGACCAGAGGGGACUCUUACCAUCCAGCCAGGCGUCAAGAUAAUAUUUACAACAGCUGAAGCUGGUUUCGAAGUCCAUGGUAAUCUGUUAGCUCAAGGGAUUGGCAAUCUUCCUAUUGAGUUUACGGCAGAUGAUGCUGUCUCUGAAAUUUCAUCGUAUUGGUCUGGAUUAAAUUUUGUAUCUGGUGAUUCCUUACUGCAACAUGCUUAUGUAGAAGGGGCGCGCGUUGGAAUCCAAGCAACAGGCUACUCCGUCACUCUAGACCACGUGACCAUCACAAAAUGUUCAGCUGGGAUCAAGUACAUUGAUGGAGGAUCACCAUUUAAUAACUCCACAAUGAUAUCUGAUUCAAACAUAGGAAAAAAUGGGGGACAUGGUAUUGAAUUCAAGGGAAGCUCUACUAAUCCGGUGCUUUCAAUCACUCGGACUGUUAUCACGGGUAGUCAAAGCUCUGGCAUAUAUUGCAGCGACACCCACGCAAAUAUCUCCAUCGAAGACUCAGAGUUGUCAAACAAUGCUCAAAGAGGUGAUGUGAAACAUAGAGUAUGUGGGAACAAUAGGGAUAUGUAUCUUGCACAUGUCACUGUCUCGCCUUUUUACACCGACAGCAAUCUUACUGAGUUGAAUGAAGAUACAGGAGUAGAUUCCUACUUUACUGAUUCAACAGGUGCCAUUGGCGGUGUGGUAUCGAACAACGAAACAAUCCCACAUGUGUUUAAUCAUACCUAUCACGUUAGGCGCAACAUCCUUAUACUUCCAAAUGCCACUCUCACUGUAAAAUCUGGGGUUAAACUAGCUUUUGACCGAGGGAUUGGAAUUUAUAUAAUUGGUGAACUGCUCAUUAAAGAUACUGACAGUGGUGGCACAUUGAUGAGAAGAAAGAAACCCAUGGAAAAAUGGGAAGGAAUUCGCAUUGCGUCACCUUCCCCAGUCGGUUUGUUUCUCAAUAAUGUCCAGUUAGACGGUUCAACAUACGGCAUUCAUGGCCAAGGGAGGAACAUUACUCUAAAUGGUGUCACAAUCUCAAACACUUACUAUGCCAUAUAUGUAUCGGAUACGAUAACUGGUUACCUAAACAUUACCAUUACUAACAGUACAAUAGACACAUCUUCUAACACUGGAAUCUCCAUUCAAACGUCAAGUAAUUCUAUCAUGAGAGCUUUCAACAUAAAAAUGAAGGACGUCGACAUCCGUAACACACGUGGUAAUGGAGCUGUGUAUAUAUAUGGAGGUGAUAGCAAAGCAGAUAUUGGAUUUGAAAAGGUGUCAAUUCAAGAUUCAACCCAUCAUGGUGUCUACAUUUACUACCGUGGUCAAACAGAUAUUCAGCUUCAUGGUUGUGAAAUUUCGGAAUACUCAUCUUAUGCCAUAUAUGCCCGCAUAAGACAUGGCAUGUUUGAGCUUGGAAACUGCAUUGUCAAGAGAAAUAUCAACCGAUAUGGUUAUGGUAUAUAUUACCACACCCCUUGGACCUAUGGCGGGUCAAAAACAAUUUCAAUUUAUAAUAAUACGUUUAUGGAUCAAAAUUCAUACCACAGUUAUGGAAUGGUUAAUAUCAAUCCCAAGACUUCAAGAACCGGUUUCGAAGAUACUUCCUUUAUUGCUAUUGUUAACAACACAUUUCGAUCAACAAAUUCGAGGGGCACAUCUGCCAUGGAUUUAUCUAAUAUCAACUACUUCUCUUCAAUCGUCAUAGAGGGAAACAUAAUACACGGAAUGAGUCGUAUAGCAUGUGCCAUUGGGUCAAAAGCUGGAAUUGGAACUGUUGACAUCAUUGGUAAUGUAAUCUCCGAGAGUAACGGAGCUUUAUCACUGACAUCUGACGUCACAAAUGGCACAAGAAUCAUGAACAAUCAGUUCCUCUACAACUUUGGAAGCGACAAUGUUAUUAUUAAUCCGAGCACACGAAACAACUGCUCUAUCAGCUACAAUAUUUUCUUAAAUAACAGCAACAAUGCCCUAACCCUUCAGAGAGUCCAGUCGGGUACAUUGUUGAACUACAAUUUGUUCGAUAACAUUGAAGGAGAACCCAACUACAAUGUUAAGGUAAUCUCUUCAAAAGGUGGUGCUGAUAUUAAUGCAAAGUUCAACUGGUGGGGCAGUAAAGAGCAGUCGCAAAUAGUUGCCACCAUAUAUGACAACAUGAGAGACCCUUCCGUUGGUGUACUAGACAUUUUCCCAUAUCUACUUUCACAUAAUUAUUCAGACGUGUCAAUUGAAGAAGAUUUUUUUCGACAAGAUGGUAGUAUCGGUGGGGAAAUUACAGGAAACGUAACUCUCAGAUGUGAUGACAGUCCAUAUGACGUCGUGUCAGAAAUUGUAGUUAUGGAGGGGGCUUCGUUGCUUAUUGAACAAUGUGUUGUGCUCAAAUUUGCUGAGAACAUUGGCAUUCGAGUAAAAGGUGAAAUCCACAUGAAUGGAACUGCGGAAAAACGGAUUCAUUGUGUUCCUCGUACAUCUGCCGUAAGGUGGGCUGGUAUAAGUAUCACGACUGAGGCUGCUGCCAACGGAAAGGGAGAUCUCCGAUUGGUAGGUGAUACUACAUCGGGAAGACUUGAAGUAUUCUAUAAUGGUCAAUGGGGUUCUGUUUGUGACGAUAACUUUGAUACUAGCGAUGCUAAAGUUGCCUGUAGACAUCUGGGUAUGGGAUCUGAGGGAGCAACUUAUAGAACAAUUGGUGGUGGUACAGGCCCUAUAUGGUUAGAUGACAUGACUUGUAACGGAGGUGAGGCAAGUCUAUUUGAAUGUAAACACAGAGGCUGGGGGAGUCAUGACUGCGGCCAUGGUGAAGAUGUUGGUAUCACUUGCGUCGGUUUAUUAAGUACAGCAAGCAGAAACCAAGUGUCUACAUUGAAACAUGUGCACCUAGUGAAUACAACUAUUGGACUUCAUAUCACAGGAAUUGUGCCUUCAGUAUUUCAAGAUGUAGAAUCAUCUGGCUCCAGUCAGAAUGGAAUGACCUUUGAUGAACCUUAUGUGAUAGGAAACGUUUCAAACAUUUUGUUUGAAAAUGUUAUAACAUCGGAAAACAAUGACAAUGGGUUGUACUGGAAUGAGGAAUCUUACAGAAUGUCCAAUAUUGAAUUUGUUAAUAUGAAGUCCACUAGAAAUAAAAAAUUUGGGCUAUAUUAUGCAGGUUCAUAUCAGAACAUAUCAGUGAUUAACAGUUUAUUGACUGACAACAUAUAUGGAGCAGUACAUUCUUCUCUUUCAACAUCAUCACUGAACAUUGAGUCGACAGAAAUAUCAAGAAACACACAUGGAGCCCUGUACUCAAAACCUGCAUCAGACUCGGAGUUUAACUGCACUAUAAGAGAUUGUAAUAUUGCUUACAACGGUAUUCCGUCAGAUACAUCAAACAGUACAUUUUACUUCAGCCCAAAUGGACAAAAAUACAAUGGUGUGUUUUUUCUGAACAACAGAUUUAUUCAAAAUACGGGAGGAAGGAUGAUACAUUAUAGAAGUCAACAUGUUGUCAUUUUUAGCAAUAACACACUGCUUGAAAACACAGGAGUCGCAUUGUAUACGGAAUAUAAUGGUAACAAUGCUAGACUUUUAUUUCAUGACAACCACAUUGAAGGGAACAAUGCAAAUCCUGCAGCAUCAGGAAAUAAUGCCUAUAUGUUUUAUGGAACAUUAUACGAUCAAGGUUCAUUUGACUUUGAAAGGAAUGUUGUUGUGAACAACACAGCACCGAGUCUUCUAAGAAUCGCAUCCUAUUGGUACAAUGUCGCCCGAAGUAUAAAAAUUAGGCUGGAGUACAAUGUGUUUGAAAAUAACCAUGUUGCAACAUCCAUCGAUCUAAGUCAAAAGAUUUACAGAGUAGAAGGUCACAACAAUAUAUUUAACAACCCCAUAGCAAUUUAUGAAAUAAGGUCAUCCGCGAGGAAAUUAUUAACUGGGUAUCAUUUUGAACGUAAUUACUGGGGUCUUAGAAACUUGAGUGAAAUAGAAAAAUCUUUGAACAGUCACCACGACAACAUCAAUCUAAACCGAGUAUUUAUUCAUCCAUUUGCAACCAACCGUGAAUUAACCGAGUUCAGUGAAGAUAAUGAUGUUGAGUUUUUGAAGACAGCAUUGUUUGGAGGGGAUGUAGUUCAGGACGUUGUUGUGGAAUAUAGAACUGAACCAUACUAUGUACAACGAUCCAUAUAUAUCAGAGAGGGUGCUUCACUGACGUUGAGGGCAGGCGUACACUUGAAGUUUCCAGAAGCAUAUGGGAUCAUUGUUGAAGGUCGCCUUGUCAUUGAGGGAAGUGCCGAAAGAAAGGUGGUUCUUUCAAGAAAAGAUGCAAGCACCCAAUGGGAAGGUAUAAUAUUUCAACGGACAACGGCAGAAUCAUGUAAAAACGGGACAAGAUUUACAAUGAUUAAGAAUUUUGCACUCGACGGAAACAAUAGAGAGACGAACAGCUAUUGGGAUAGAUGGUACUGUAUACAUCGCUGUAGAAUAGCAACCUAUGAUUGCAAGUCAAUUGAAUACAGGGAGUCAGAUGGUCUUUGUCAACUGAAUGACAAAUCAAGAGCAGAAAUCAAUUCUAGCUUGUGGAACAACUAUACCGAGGCGUAUGAUUUCUAUGAACAAGAAUAUUGUAACGAAUCGGCCUCAUCUGUUGUUCGUCAUGUUAACAUAACUGGAUCAAAAUAUGGCAUGCUGAUAUAUGAUCUCCCCAUUCAAGCUAAUAACGUGCAUAUUGAAGAAGCGGAAACUGGGCUCUACUUUGCAGAAGAUAGUUUUGGAAAUAGUAUGACAUUUCGUGAUAGUAGGAUUAGUCAAACAAGCGGAAAUGGUAUACUUAUAAAGUCACAUGCUUUGCGAUAUCUUGAUAUGACAGGGAGUGUUGUUGACAGGGCGGGGCAGAGAGGUAUACAUAUGGAGAAGAAUGGUCAGAGACUUAUUGUAAACAAUGGAACGAUAUCUCGUUCUUCUAUUCAUGGAAUCCAAGCAGCGUAUGCUACGUUUGUGUUACUAGAUGGUGUGACCUUCGACUCCAAUUAUAACAAUGGCGCAUACUUCCAAUAUCCGUUAAAUAUUUCCUUCACAAGCUGUGUAUUCAAGAAGACAGAUCGGGAAAAUAGAUAUGCAGUAUAUGUUAAAAGUAUGGGUUACAACUAUGGCUCUUCUCAAUCUCAAAUUACCAUGACAAUUAAAAACUCUGUGUUUGAGCAAAAUUCACGACAUGCUAUAAAAGUAACCACUACAUCGCAUAAUCACAAUUUAAAUUUGUUCAUAAACAUCCAUAAUAAUCUAUUUCGUAACAACAGUGAUACUCUAAUGGACCUUGAUUUAUAUAAAGGAACUGAUGUUUUGAUUGAAGAUAACACAAUAGAAUAUAAUAUUGGGUCGUCAAAUCUAAUAGAUUUACAUCCAAUAUAUUAUCGAUAUGUUAACAGACGGGUCAAAGGUGAGGUUCACAUUGUCGGUAAUGAAUUCUUGAGAAACCAAGGCAUGACGAUGGUUUACCUACACCCAGACAAUAUAGCGAAUUAUGGAGGCACAUUAACUGAUAAUGUAUUCACUGAUAACGUAGCAUCGCAAGGCAUUAUACGGACAACGUCGGGGAAUUAUUCGAUGCAUUACAAUAUACUAGAAAACCCUUCAAGCGUUUACGAGCUUUAUGCUGCAUAUGAUGGCGAUGACGUCAUAAACGCUACGUUCAACUGGUGGGGAAGCGCUGUAGAAGCAUAUGCUGAUGAACGCAUAUUUGAUAAAGGAGAUGCAUUUAAUGCUGCAGAGGUAGUUUACAUUCCAAUGUUAUCAGGGAAAGUAUUUACAUGCUUUGCUGUGAACAACUGUUCUAACCAUGGUGAAUGUGUCAGACCUGAUAGAUGUCGUUGUGAUGAUGGCUGGCAGGGGCCUGAAUGUAAUCAAGUCUCGUGUGAGCAGGUAAGGCAGAACCCAGAAGAAGUGAGUAGUUCCCACAAUACUAUCAUAUUAUAUCGUAUUCGGGGAUUCCCUCAACCAUCCCAUAUGGUCAUACAAGCCUUAUAUGGAUCUAUCACGUGAUAUUCAAAAUGGCGGACAACGGUCAGUUGGAUUCCUAUAUGGUCAUGUAAGCCUUAUAUGGAUAUAGCACAUGGGUACCACGUGAUCGAAUAUGAUGGCUGAACUUUGGGAGAUCUCCCCCUCCCCC